AUGCUUUGUUUUCACUCCAAAGUUUCAAGUUUACAUGAUUCAGAAAAGCUCAUCUCCAAUGAAAAAAAGAAGUUUAGUGAUUAUGAUGAUGAUCUAUACAAAUUUUAUCACCUUGAAGAGUCUCAAAUCCAGGGAAACUCAAACGGGUUCAAGGUAGAUUCUCAAAUUAGAAAGAAUGUCGUAGAUUGGUUGAUACAAACACACUACGAACAAAAGCUGAUGCCGGAAACGUUUUAUCUCUGUGUCAACAUCCUUGACCGAGUACUUUCCAAAAUCAAUUUUGAAGUCAAGACGAUGGAGAAACUUAAACUCAUCGGUCUCUCUUCGUUGUUGUUGGCUUCCAAAUAUGAACAAAGAAAAGCUGUUGGUGUUUACCACGUCGAGUACAUGGCUGAUUAUAUUUAUAUGCCAGAAGAAAUAUGUCAAAUGGAGAAGCUUAUCCUGCAAGAACUUGGUUGGAUUUUAACGGUUCCAACACCUUAUGUUUUUCUUGUUAGAAACGUAAAGGCAUGUGUUUCUUCUGAUGAAGACAAGAUCAUGGAGAACAUGGUGUUUUUCUUUUCGGAACUCAGCUUGACAAAUCAUUCCAUUGUCUGCGACUACAAGCCUUCAUUGAUUGCUGCUUGUUCCGUGUAUUGUGCAAGGUUUGUUGUUGAAAGGUAUCCCUUUUGGAGCAAUGAUUUGAAGAUGUGUACAGGGUACUCUGAGGAAAACUUGUUGUCUUGUGCACACGUUAUGAUGAAAUCGUGCAUUCAAAUUUGUGGAGAGGGAAUCAUGGAAGUCUUUAAGAAAUUUUCAAGUUUAUAUCAAUGUAGGGUUUCAUGUGUUGCUCAAGAAUUUUUGAAAGUUUAA